UCAUAAAUUAAUUCUUCUCUCUCCUCUCUCUCUCUGGAAGUAGUCGAAGCCCUUCUUCUUCUUCUUCCCUUGAACCUCGUUUUUUCUGAUCCACUCGAAACCCAUAUUCGCCGUCGAAGAUCACACAGUGUCUCGUCGAUUGGGGAUUGAAGGCUCAAGGCUCGAAAUUUGUACGGAUUGUACAAGCGAGACGUCGACGUUGAAGACCGAUACGUCGACGCUUUGAUCGUUCUUGCCGCAUUGCGUGUUUCUCAGCGAUUGGCGGCGGCGCGGUGGCGAACUCGUCGGAGCCGGACGGAGGAUGAGAAUCGGAGGAUGAACGAUGCCGGUACUGCGUGGAAGGGGCCGUGGUGCAGCUAAAAAGCAGGAGGUUACGAAUCCGAUCGACGCCGGAGAGGCCAUUGCCACCAGAACAAGGCGAAGGCGAGCGGCGGCGGCGGCGGCACUGCCGAAUAAUAACAACAACAACAACAACAACAAUCAGGUGAAGGAGGAAAAGAAUCGGAAGGCAGCGGCUGCGGCUGCGGCCGGUGAGGAGAAGAAGGUAGUCGUUAAGGCGGAGAAAAAGAGGGUCGUUGAGAAGGAGGAAGUGCAAGAGAAGAAGAUGAAUGACAGUGGUAGUGGCGGCGUUAGGAGUAAUGCCAAGGCUGAAGAAGAAGGCAGCACUGCUCCUCUUCCUGAGAAGGUUACUGUUGGUGGUUCCCCUGUCUACAGAUUAGAUAGAAAGCUGGGUAAGGGUGGCUUCGGACAAGUGUAUGUCGGUCGGCGUGUUUCUGCUAUAAAUACGAAUGAGAGAACUGGACCAGGAGCUGUUGAGGUGGCCUUAAAACUCGAGCACAAAAAUAGUAAAGGGUGCAAUUAUGGACCGCCACAGGAGUGGAAAGUUUAUGACACUCUUGGUGGCAGCCAUGGUGUGCCGCGGGUACACUAUAAGGGCAAGCAAGGCGAGUAUUAUAUUAUGGUGAUGGACAUGUUGGGGCCAAGCUUGUGGGAUGUUUGGAAUAAUGGCAAUCAAACAAUGGCCAUUGAAAUGGUUGCGUGUAUUGCCAUUGAAGCAAUAUCAAUAUUGGAGAAGAUGCAUUCUCGAGGGUAUGUACAUGGAGAUGUAAAGCCUGAAAACUUUCUACUUGGUACUCCUGGGACUCCUGAUGAGAAAAAGCUAUUUUUAGUUGAUCUUGGACUAGCAACUAAAUGGCGAGAUAGUUCAACCGGUCAGCAUGUUGAUUAUGACCAAAGGCCAGAUGUUUUCAGAGGAACAGUACGUUACGCUAGUGUGCAUGCUCAUUUAGGGAGAACGAGUAGUAGGAGAGAUGAUCUUGAGUCUCUAGCUUAUACCCUUGUGUUCCUUCUCCGGGGUCGCCUCCCCUGGCAAGGUUAUCAGGGAGAGAAUAAAGGAUUCCUUGUCUGCAAGAAGAAGAUGGCAACGUCUCCAGAGACCUUGUGUUCUUUCUGUCCACUCCCUUUUAGACAAUUUGUUGAACAUGUGGUGAACUUGAAGUUUGAUGAAGAACCUAAUUAUGCAAAAUAUAUAUCACUAUUUGAUGGGACUGUAAGUCCAAAUCCUGAUAUCAGGCCAAUAAACACAGAGGGUGCACAGAAGCUUAUUAAUCUGGUUGGUCAUAAGAGAGGAAGAUUGACAAUGGAGGAGGAGGAUGAUGAACAGCCAAAGAAGAGAAUUAGAAUGGGUAUGCCAGCAACACAAUGGAUCAGUGUUUAUAAUGCUCGGAGACCGAUGAAGCAAAGGUAUCACUAUAAUGUGGCUGAUACAAGGCUUGCUCAGCAUAUUGAGAAGGGGAACGAGGAUGGGUUAUAUAUUAGCAGUGUGGCUUCUUCUCAAAAUUUGUGGGCCUUGAUUAUGGAUGCAGGCACUGGUUUCACUUCCCAAGUUUAUGAACUUGCUCCGACUUGUCUUCACAAGGAAUGGAUAAUGGAGCAGUGGGAGAAAAACUAUUACAUCAGUGCAUUAGCCGGAGCUACUAAUGGGAGUUCAUUAGUAGUAAUGUCCAAGGGUACAACUUUUACGCAGCAGUCAUACAAAGUCAGCGAUACAUUUCCAUUUAAGUGGAUUAACAAAAAGUGGAAAGAGGACUUUUUUGUUACGUCAAUGGCCACUGCAGGAAGUAGAUGGGCCAUUGUUAUGUCUCGGGGUGCUAAUUAUUCAGACCAAGUUGUUGAACUAGAUUUCCUUUAUCCUAGUGAAGGAAUACAUCGGCGCUGGGAUUCUGGAUAUCGUAUAACUGCAACUGCAGCAACAUGGGAUCAGGCCGCUUUUGUUCUCAGUGUGCCAAGGAAGAAGCCUCAAGAUGAAACCCAGGAGACGCUUCGUACUUCUGCUUUUCCAAGUACACAUGUCAAGGAGAAGUGGGCGAAGAACCUUUAUAUUGCAUCUAUUUGUUAUGGACGAACAGUAUCAUAAAGGCCAUGACUUUUCUUAGGGAUGCUGCAGACACCACUGCGAGUAUCGUUCAGAUGGCUGUUCCAAAUUAUCUGUUCCAACCUGGGAGAUUUGUACCCUCCAUCAAGAAAAUUUUGAUGACAAGAAGCCUUAGUUGUGUAAUUAAAGUAUAGAACUCUAGGAAAACCUAUUUGUCUAUGUCAGGGUCUGUGGAAACCGUCUUUAUGUCAAUGAUUAAUUAAAAGGUCAUUUUCUUCCAACAAGGAAUAUAUGUUUUACUCUUUAGCCAAUUCUGAACAAAACAAUUUGAUACCAUUUAAUA